GAUGGCUUCCUAAUUCCCGCAAUAAACUGUGAAAUAAAUUGUUCAUGUCGGAACUGUAUGUUGUCCAACUCUACAGUGGAAUGCUUUAUAUUCAUAUCUGCAGGUGGAUCUGACUCCAAAAUGCAGAUAUUCGUGAAAACACUCACGGGGAAGACUAUAACCCUAGAGGUUGAGCCUUCGGAUACAAUCGAAAACGUCAAGGCUAAGAUCCAAGACAAAGAAGGAAUCCCCCCUGAUCAGCAAAGGUUGAUCUUUGCUGGAAAGCAGCUUGAAGAUGGACGCACCCUAUCUGACUACAACAUCCAGAAGGAGUCCACUCUGCACCUUGUGCUGAGGCUGCGAGGUGGUGCAAAGAAGAGGAAGAAGAAGUCCUACACCACACCCAAGAAGAAUAAGCACAAGAGAAAGAAGGUCAAGCUUGCCGUGCUCAAGUAUUAUAAGGUGGAUGAAAAUGGCAAGAUCCAUCGGCUGCGGCGCGAGUGCCCGGCGGACGAGUGUGGCGCAGGCGUGUUCAUGGCCAGCCACUUUGACAGGCACUACUGCGGAAAGUGCUGCCUCACCUACUGCUUCAACAAGCCCGAGGACAAGUGAGAAUGAACUGUGAACAGCAAAGCUUUGGCCUACCACUUCACCACCGCUCUUUUUUAUGUCAUGCUGCUGUAGGAUUGUAAAUGAAGCUCUUUUUUAUAUUCUGUAAUCAAAAGCAAAAUAAAGCAGUGUUGCACGCUGG